AUGUCUUGCUUCACAUGGACAUUUUCGAACUUUUUAGAAAAAUGUCUUGAAGUCUACGGUAUAGAUCCAACCUUCUAUUACAGUGCUCCAGGACUAUCGUGGGAUGCCAUGUUGACAACAACUGGCAUUCAACUCGAAUUACUAACAGACAUUGACAUGGUUCUCUUUUUCGAGCGGGGCAUUCGCGGCGGACAUGUACAAGUGUCGGACCUUGAGGACUCUUAUCAGCCUUCUGAUAAGCAUUCCUACCUCUCCUUUGUUGAUGCAAAUAAUUUGUCUGUGUAUGCCAUGUGUUACCCUCUACCGACAGGACGGUUCAGUUGGUUGACACCUGAUGAACUUCAAACGUUCAAUGUCAAAGAGGCCGCUGGUCUAGAGAACCGCGGAUGUUUUAGAGGUAGAUUUAGACUAUCCUGA